AUGGAUAGGGACGAAGAUGAUUUCGUGUUCUACGGAACACCGAUAGAGCGUGAGGAAGAGAUCAUCAGCCGUAAGAAGAAGGCCGUUGCCGAGGCCUCUGGUAACCUACGUACUCUCGUUCCUUGGAAGCAAGAGGUUAGAGACGAAGAAGGAAGAAGGAGAUUUCAUGGGGCAUUUAGUGGAGGGUUUUCUGCUGGCUAUUACAAUACGGUGGGCUCAAAAGAGGGGUGGACACCACAGUCCUUUGUGUCAUCCCGGAAGAACAGAGCUGAAGUCAAACAGCAGAACAUUUUGAACUUUUUAGAUGAAGAUGAAAAAGAAGAACUGGAAGGCCAAUCUUUGGGGACGUCUUUGCAGUUUGAUACUUUUGGAUUUACAGCUGCAGAACUUGCUCGGAAACAAGCUGAGAAGGAACAACAAAAAAGGCCAUCAGCUAUUCCUGGACCUGUUCCUGAUGAAUUAGUUCUUCCGUCCACAGAUUCUAUCGGCGUAAAGUUGCUGCUGAAGAUGGGAUGGCGUCAUGGUCGUUCAAUCAGGGAUUCACAUACUAAUAAAUCAUAUGAUGCUCGAAGGGAAGCUCGAAAAGCUUUCUUAGCAUUUUCUUCCAGUGAAGCAAAAAAACAGACUGCUGACCCUGAGUCUGUUCCUGGCGAACUUGAGAGUUAUAUUGAUCCGCCUGCGAGUGAUGAUGUUCAAUCUUCAGAAAGCACACCUGUUUAUGUACUCUACCCAAAGCAGGACCUUCACGGUUUAGGUUUUGAUCCUUAUAAGCAUGCUCCUGAGUUUAGGGAAAAGAAAAGGUCACGCUUAUCUGAUAAUAAGGGUAUUGGAUAUAGAAGUGCCCCUUCGAUGGAUAAUAAUCUUUUUGGUUUCAAGUCAGGAAAGGUUGCUCCUGGUUUUGGAAUUGGAGCACUUGAAGAACUUGAUGCUGAAGAUGAGGAUGUUUAUGCCUCUGGUUAUGACUUUGAGGAGACUUAUGUUGAAGAUAUUGAUGAGCCUUCAAGAUCAAUCACGGAGGGCAAGCAAAAGUCAGUUCGAAAGGAGCCAGGUGUUCUCUCUGGAUUUAGACUUGCAUUGAAUUCUGACUACCAGCAUGAACGAUUUGAUCCUCCUGUGGUUCCAAAAGAUUUUGUACCCCACCAUAAAUUUCCCGGGCCUCUUGAGACUGGCUACAAGCUUGGAGAUCCUGGUCCCCCAGAAGUCCCUCCUCCCGAGGACAAUAAUCUGAAACUUUUAAUUGAUGGGGUUGCAACUCUAGUAGCUCGAUGUGGUAAAUUGUUUGAGGAUCUCUCCAGAGAGAAAAACCAGUCAAAUCCUUUGUUUAGUUUUCUAGUUGGAGGGAAUGGCCAUGAUUAUUAUGCAAGGAAACUGUGGGAGGAGCAACAGAAGCGAGGUGAUCACACCAAGCAGAAAUUGGAUGUAAAAUUGUCUCCACACAUGCAGAAGAUGACAGCAGAGAGCCGUGGACAAAUUUUAGGGGAAAGGCCUUUGGAACGAAGCGCCAAAGAUUCAAGUUCAUCUGCUACUUCUGCAGAUGCCAUUCAGCUUCAGUACAAUCUUUCAGAUACAUUUACUAAACCUGCAUUACAUGGUGAGAUGCUGGAAGCUGCAAAACCCUUCAAAGAGGAUCCUGCAAAGCAGAACGGUUUUGAGCGGUUUCUCAAGGAAAAGUACCAAGGAGGACUUCGAUCUACCGAGUCUGGUGGGGCUAGUCAUAUGUCAGAAGCAGCUCGUGCUCGUGAGAGAAUGGACUUUGAGGCUGCGGCCGAGGCAAUACAGAAAGGGAAGUGGAGUAAAGAUAGCAAACUCUCCACAUCACAGUUUAUGGAGUAUUUAUCUUCUGGAGGCAUGCAGUUUACUUCUGGGGGAUUAGCGCAAGCUAAAGAUACUCAAGCUGAAAAUUCGAUCACAAAGGAAGUUCACUUAAAACGGAAAGAAUAUCAAUGGCGUCCUUCACCUAUUUUAUGCAAACGCUUUGAUCUCAUUGAUCCUUAUAUGGGGAAGCCACCACCUGCUCCACGAAUGAAGAGCAAAAUGGAAACUCUUAUUUUUACAUCAGAUUCUGGAAAAGACACAAAAGCAGAAGAAAUUGUAAUUGCAAAGGGAGUAUCAUUCCCUGUUGCUCAAUCUGAUGCCCAAGGACUAAGCAAAGAUGCAGCUGACAAGGAAAGUGAAGUUGAGGUUGAAGCUGAAAAUGUUGAGAGGCCAGUUGACCUUUACAAGGCUAUCUUUUCUGAUGAUUCAGAUGAUGAAGAGGAUACCUCUAUUCACAACGAAGUGGGCAAUCCAGAGAAGAAGGGCGAAGCAGCUAAUACAACAUUAAACCGUUUGAUUGCAGGUGACUUUUUGGAAUCCUUGGGUAAAGAACUAGGCCUAGAGGUUCCUCCUGAACUGCCCUCAUCAAUGAACAAAGUCGGGAAUUCUGUGCCUCCCAAAGGAACUGCUACUGUUAAUUCUGUAGAUUCUGAUAUCGUGCGAGUUGAUAAUGUGCCUUCUUCCAAUCAUGAGAUUCUGCACAGCCAGGAGAUUGCCCGAGAUGGUCCACAUGGAAAUAUUGAACCUGUUAAUGGUAACUCAGAAAGAAGUAAUAGCAAAUACACAGAGACUGGGUCUUUCGGUAAUCAAUUUGACAAAAUCAUUUUGGAAAAGGCACCUCAAGAGGAUAGGAAGGCCAAAACACCCUCAAGGCGGCACCGGAAUUUGAGCAGCAGUUCAUCAUCAGAAGAUGAAAGGAGUAAAAAGCGCUCUGGGCGACAUCGGCAUAGACACAGUGAUUCAGAUAGCGAUUCAUCCAGUGAUCACCGAGACCGUCACCGUUCUCGUUCUAAAGGAAGAAGGAAAGGAUCUUCUCGAGAAAAGAGCAGUAGUAGUAGCAGAAAACACUCGAAACAUCACAAGCAUAGAAGCAGAGACUCCCCGGAGAAGGAACGUUCAGAAACAAAGAGAGAUAAGCACAAAAGGAAGGGUUGA